AUGCUUGCUCUGCCGCUCGAAAUCAUACACCAAAUCGCAUACUACGUGGGACUGGACAACCCCCAGGAGAUUCUCAACCUGAUGCGCACCAGCCGCUAUCUCCACGCUGCCCUGGUUGACAGUCGCGAACACUACUCGGGGCUCUCGACACAUUUGUUCCCGCUGCAAAACCCACAUCUUGAGGGCCGACCAGAUCAUCUUUCAGCGGCCAAGCUGAGGGUUGAGACCGCAAUCAGAAAAUCCAGAGCCUUCAGACAGACAAUGGACGUCCCCACGCCGACAAAAACACUCUCGGAACAUGUGGACAUUGUCCAGCAUCACGACCAGUACCUGCCGUUGGACACAAACAUCAAACAGCUGUUUAAAGACUCGGAUGCCGCUCCUCUCAACAGAUGGGCCUCUGAGGGCUUGAGACUCAGAUGGUGCAAGACUGUGGGUGUUGGCGAACGACAAACACAUGUCGUUUUCUCCCUUAAUCUCAUUACCGGAGGUGUCCAUGUUGAAAACACAAUCCCCGCAAACACACUGUUAAGACUUCCCCACGUGCUACAGAAGACGGAGUACUUCCACAUGAACCCUGAUCGGGACUUUCUGGCGUCCUCACGCCAAGCUCCCGUUCUGGUCUUUGAUAUUGCUGAUCAGAGACUCAGUUACCAGCUCACGGGACGAGAUGGAACCCCUCUAGCUCUCCGAAGAGUCGGUAGAGGUAAAAUUACGGAUCUCAAGCUGCCCAGAUGCUUGACAGAUAUCGACAACUUGAGAGUGGCGCAAUUGUGUGAUCGGUUCUCGCUCGUGCGCGUUUGGAGAUUCAAACUGGAAAUGCUUCUGCUGUGUGACUACGAACAAAUGACAUGCAGAAUCAUCAAGGGAGGACCCACGGGCCAUGUGACCUGUGUGGCUGUCGUCAAGGGACUGUUGUGGCUCACUGUGACGGAGGAAGACGACAUGAGCGAAAACACAAGCAUCCAAGAGUGGUAUCUCGACACAAAAAAUGCCUCGGCCAUGUACAUUCGAAACGUGUGUGGGGACGGCCCUCAAAAGGAUCUCUUUUCGCAUGCCACGAGCGACAUUAUGACUGGAAGAUAUAUCAAGACCCGCAACCGGUUCCUGGACACAGAAACGCUAUCUGUUAUGUCUGUUAAGCCCAUCUCUGUGUUUGGAGUCAUUGCUGGCCAAGUUCACUGUUGGUCCUUCUCCAAGGCUUGGUUGGACCAUCAGGAGAUGAGAAUUGACAACAUGAUCAACAGUGGAUGGUCUGCCAUGACUGAUACUGGUCUAGGGGCCAUUGGGGCGACAGAUAUGAGCGUCAUUAUGGGUCCUCCACGCCCGCGAGAAGAAAUCGCUGCCUCCUGA